AGUCAUCACACACCUUCAAAAUAAAAUAUUUUCUUACCGUCUUUUCUUCUUUUUUAUCUCGAAAACGCCAGCUUCGUUGCCUUUUAUCAGCUUCGUCCUUAUCAACUUUUUUACUAAAUUAGAAAACAAAUCCCUGAGUUCGCCAUUGAAGACAAAAGUUAGGCACAUUUUAUCUUUAUUAUCUGAAAACGUCUUUUUGAGUUUUUGAGAGAGAAAGACAGAGAGAUUGAGAAGAUGUUGGAAGGAAAAGCAAUGGUGGAAGAUUCAGAUAUGCCAGUGAAGAUGCAGGUUCAAGCCAUGUCUUUUGCUUCUCAAGCUCUUGAUACCUUUGAUGUCGUUGACUGUAAAUCCAUUGCUGGCUACAUCAAGAAGGAGUUUGAUGAGAGAUAUGGGAGUGGAUGGCAAUGUGUGGUGGGAUCAAACUUUGGGUGCUUCUUCACACAUUCUAAAGGGACAUUCAUCUAUUUUCAAUUGGAGACACUUAAGUUCCUAAUCUUCAAAGGCGCUUCUACUCCUUAAUAAAACAAUACCCUAUAAGUAAUGUUGUAUACCUUCUAUCCUUCUGUGAAAAUCUGUCUCUAAAAACAAAAGCUUUGAAGAGGCUAUCCUGAUUUUUCUUCUUUCUCUUUUUGCUCUUUGUAGCUUUGUUUGAAUAUAGGUCUGUAUAUAGACUCAAGAUAGACACUGAUUUCAAUGAAGAUGUGUUGGCUUUUGUGUGAUCAAUAAAAGUGUAAUUUACAAGAUC